CAGACGCUGACCAUGAGUCUCAGUCUCCUGCUGUGGCUGCUUGGCCUCUGCCACACCUGUCUGCUCAUCGAUGGUGGAAAUCAAACAGAACCUGAGUAUUAUGACAAUGAGUUGGACAGUAUUGGUGCCAGGAUUUUGACUGCCAACAGCAUGGCCAGUGAGAUCCUGAUCGAAGGUGACAUACUGCAGACCAGAACUAGAAUCCCACGGAAUGCCAAAAGGCACAACAACUGCUUAUGGACAAAAGAUUCCAGUGGUUUGGUGCUCAUCCCGUACACCAUGAGCAACAAAUUCUCAAGGUCAGACCAAGACGAGAUUUCCAGAGCCAUGAAGUCUUUCCACAACAGCACCUGCAUCCGCUUCAUUCACCAAAACACAAGGAAACACAAAGACUACAUCAGCAUCAAGAACAGAGAUGGAUGCUACUCAUCAGUGGGCAGAAGCGGUGGCCGUCAGAUCCUCUCCCUCAACCGAACCGACUGCAUCUCAUAUGGCAUCAUCCAGCACGAACUCAUUCACGCCCUGGGCUUCUAUCAUGAGCAGAGCAGGAGCGACCGCGACCAGUAUGUCACAAUCAACUGGGACAACAUCAAACCAGGAAAGACCAACAACUUCCAGAAGCAUCACACCAACAACCUGAACACUCCAUACGACUACUCCUCAAUCAUGCACUAUGGAAAACAUUAUUUCUCCCAAAAUGGCAAAAACACAAUUACCCCGAUCCCAGACGCUUCAGUCCAAAUUGGCCAGAGGAAGGACAUGUCAGAACUUGACAUCCACAGAAUCAACCAGCUGUACCACUGCAAAAGGCCCUGAGCUUUUUUGCCACUGUCCAGUGAAAAUCUCCAAAUUUGGUUAUUUAAAAAUGUUCAAAGUUAGUUUUUUGGUAUAAUGCCUUUCAACAAGUCAAAGUGCUUCACACACCAGCAUUUAAAACAGCAACAUUUUGCAGUCAAAUCAAUUCAUUUUAAUGGAAUCAGCACAAAAAGGUGACUCCUUGGUGGAGGCAAAGUGCAUCCACUGCACUUUGGUGAACAUUGUUGAAUUUGACUGUUGACCAAUAUCAAUCCAUCUUGACAAAGAUGAUCAAACGCAGGAAGCUAACCUAUUAGCUGUGAACACUGUCCAGGAAGACAUCAGACAAAUACUGCUUUUAAUGAGCUGUGGAGACUUACUGUACUGUUAGCUUACAAGCUAACAAACUUACAUUCUUAUAGCAUGUCCUGGCUUGCUAGUUUGUUAGCAGUUAGCUCACCAGCUACAAUAACUCACCAGCUGACCCCAUGAGCACCACUGGAAUAUUUAGCAAAAAUAUCAUCGUGUACCAGAAAAAUAUAAAUGUAUAUGUAUUUGUUACGUAGGUAUGAAUGUUUGUGUGCAGAAAUGUAUGUAUACAAAAUGCAAAAAUUUAAUUGUGUACAUUGAACAUCUUUGACAUAAAUGUCAUGCAGAAUGAAUAAACUGAGAAGAACUGAG